UUCCGGUGACGUGCGUGUGAAUUUGUGGACAUGAAAACACGCGAAAAGUAACCAAGGGAACACUUCAAAAUCUCUGGACUUUUACCAAGAAAUUGUUUACGUUAGUGCGAACACGUCAAUUUUACAAUCGUUUAAAGAAGAGCGUCUAAAGGAACAAACUUCAUUCCUUGUGUUGUUCUCUUCAAUCGUCACUGCUAGCCGUCUGUAGUUUUCGAGGGUGAAUAUCAAAAUGAGGACACGGAGUGGAAGUUGCUGGAUGUGUACCACAGUUGAGGGACUUCUAGCGUCUAUUAUUUUAACGGUUCCGUUCUGCAUGAUGCUGGUUCAUGGAACUGACGGAACUUCCUAUUUACCUCUGAGAGAGAAGCAUCAUCAUCUUUUGUCGAAACUGUCGUACUACGAAGUGGUCAGACCCCACCGUUCGACCGACAACGGCGACUUCGUGACUAACGACUUGUCGACAACGCACGAAGAAAAUGAAGACAUUUUCAGGAGCGCUCACAGAACCAGAGUCGACUCCAAUCGACCUCGGUUCUCCAGGUCUUCGGAUGAUAUACAACAACGACAACCGACGCAAAACUUCCAUUUCAGAGUCGACGCUUUCGGUGUCAGUCUCGUGCUGAACGUCACCAGGAAUCGAUACCUGGUCUCGCCCGAACUGAGAGUCGAACGGCACAACGAGGAUGGAACAAUCGACAGGUUUAGACCCGACACCCUUUGUUUCUACUCAGGCAGUGUUGCUGGGCAACCAAACUCCUCAGUUGCCAUUAGCAACUGUAACGGACUGAGUGGGUUCAUUCAAGCCGGCAGUGAAGAAUAUUUUAUCGAACCCUUGGAGCCUUCGGCAGGCAGACCCAGGAUUAACGCGUCCCUCGGACAUCUUCACAUCAUGUACCGGACAAGAGACUUGAAGAUGGAGUCUACGGAACUCGAAACAGAUUUUAAAAUCAAGCUAGAACGCAGAGUUCAGGCAGAGACCUCAGGCCCACUGCCAGACGAUGAUGUUGAUGACCGGGACUCACCCCGUAGUCGACGGUCCGCAGACAGCGACGGUCGGCAGUACAUCGUGGAGACCAUCCUGGCCGCCGAUCACUCCAUGGUUACUUUCCACGGCGCGGACGAGCUGCCGAGGUAUCUGUUGAAUAUGCUGAACAUUGUGAAUAAAGUCUACAGACACCACACCAUGACAGUUGAUAUCCAAUUCAUCGCCAAAAAGAUCGUACUCAUCAAUGCAAAAACAUCCAAAACUUUGAUCGUGGAGAACCGUUACAAACGAAGUCUGACCAACGUAUGGGCCUGGGCCUCUUCCCUUACGCCGGAUGGCCAGUUGUACGGCGUGGCAGACUAUGUCUCCUUUCUGACACAACUGGAUUUCGGCCCAGCUGGUUUUGCACCCCUGUCAACGAUGUGUGACAGUUACUGGAGUAGUUCCCUGACUCGGGAUCAAGGAUUGCUAUCUGGUUUCGUUAUGGCACACGAGGCUGGCCAUGUCUUGGGGUUGGAGCAUGACGGCUAUGGUAACUCGUGCGUAGUGGAUACCUAUGCACGCUCCAUCAUGAACUCGCUGGUCAUGGCAAUGUACGGUGACUACUACUGGUCCAACUGCAGUGCAGAAGUACUCCAAACUAAAAUCCAACAUUACCACUGCUUGAAGAACGUGGCAGUCGACACUAGCGGUUUGAUGGAGAUCGAUGGCUUUCCUGGGGAGCGGUACUCCACGGACCAGCAGUGCCGGUACACUUUUGGCGGGAGUUCGCACCAGUGCGGAAGCCCGGACGACUAUUACACCUGUGACAUCAGAUGCACUGAAGGAACGGAACGAGACACCUGCCAUGAGUACUAUCUCCCCGCCUUAGAUGGAACUGGCUGCGGCGCCGUCAACCAGUGGUGUAUGGACGGCGUUUGUGUGAACAAACCCCCAGCGCGAAACGGCAAAUGGAGCAAAUGGUCCGACUGGAGCGAAUGUUCCCAGGACUGCGAUGUCGGUGCACGCACCAGGUAUCGGCACUGCGACAACCCAAGACCCGCCCAUGGAGGCAAGGAUUGCAAGGGGAAGUCAGUCCAGUUUAAAGUUUGCAACACUCAGCCAUGCGCGGUCUGGGUGGACAGACGAGCUGAGCAGUGUAAGGACCGCUUAUCGACGGUGCUGGUGAAUGGCAAGCACUAUGAAUGGGUGCCCUUUGAGGACCAUAACGAAACGUCCCUGUGCAGACUAGUCUGUAUGUCAGCGAAGACGUUGGAUAUCCUUGCAACCCCGUACAUGGUAACCGACGGCAGUCCAUGUACCUACGAGGACCACCAUAGCAUCUGUGUCGGGGGCGAGUGCAAAAAACUUGGGUGCAACAAGCGUGUUGGGUCAUCCGCUGAAGACGAUGUGUGCGGGAUAUGCGGCGGUGACGGCAGUUAUUGUACUCUCAUCAGCAAGGUCUUCACCGCCACACCGACGAAAAAGUACCAGCGCGUAGACGUCCUUCCAGCCGGUGCUUACAACAUCGAAGUGAAAGAGCAAUCCACCACUAACCAUUUUUUGGCCCUUCGGCGUAGCUCGGACAAGACGUACAUCUUGAAUGGUGGUCGAAGGCGACGGGGUUGGCCCGAGUUCAUAGCCGCCGGUGCACGGUUCGACUACACCAAGAAAAAUGACCAGCUGACUUCCAAAGGCCCACUCCACCAGGAUCUGGAUGUCCUGGUGUACUGGACAAAGGACAGUAAUCCCAUCAAUAUUACCUACAGCUACUACAUGCGUGAUGCAGCAUCGUCGACCACUAUUGCACCAAAUGGGCAGCCGUAAAGCAAGAACUGUGUGACAAUAGUGGACUGAUCCAUUAAGCCCCGCCCCAUGGUGUCCUGACCAAUCCAAUCCAUGAUUAACGUCCGAUGUGCGGCACAUCGGACAUUAAUCAUGGAUUGGAUUGGUCAGGACACCAUGUGCGUGCAUGAGCGUAUGACGCGCGCGGUUGGAACACGGUCAGUGUGGCAUUCGGGGCGCCAUUCGUUGCGGCAUACCGUACCAGGGGCCAAUUCCAUGGAGCUGCUAAGCAGAGAAAUUUGCUUAGCAUGCAAAGUCUGCAUUGGAAAAAACAGGAUUACCAACCAAAUGCCCAUGUGAUGUAUAUUGCAACUUUGCUUGUGAUUGGCAUUCGGCUGUUGAUUGCUUAGCAUGAAAAUCACAUGGAGUUUUGGCUGGUAACCUGCUUUUACUACGCCAGACUUUUUGUGCUAAGCAAAUUUUGAGCUUAGCAACUGCAUGAAAUUGGCCCCAGAUCUGCGGCAUUUCGAUAUACACACGAUUCUACGGACAGUACAAUGAUUUUGCAGACAAAAAAAAGAAAG